AUGCGGCGGUUGGCCAGAGCUCAUCCAGAGGCGGUUGCGGCAAUCUCUCCUUCCGCUGUGGAAGAUAGCCGCUCCGUGUACGCUGCUAGUGUUCCGCGCAGUAAGCAGAGCCAAGUUGGCAACUCGGGAGCAAAGGUGUGGACCAACGCGGAUCUCGGCACACCCGAGUUUUUCGCGUGGCUCAACACGGUGCCACACAACGCGGCCAGACACCUCGAGGAAGUUAACGAAGAAGAUGAGCAGAACGACGACGACGACGAGGACGACGAUGAAGGCGACGCGCUAGGCGACGGGCCUCUCAACAUGGGCAAGGCGUUCCUCAUCCCGAGGGCCAAGAUGUCCCUUUACGACCAAGACAUUUUCGCGCACAGCAUGCUCGAGGCUAGAGACAAGGUGCUCGCAGCUAGGUCGCCAGGGCAGCUGCGGAAAGCGCACGACCGCUUACGAGAGACUGAAACCGCGCUUAACUUGCGGGCGGGAAACUACAGGACCGUCAAGGUGGGGUUUGAGGAACCUGCGCCUUCGGCUGGGUCGAUGGACGGGUUGUCCCAAACGGAGCCAGCCCAUGGCAGCAGCAGGGCCAGCGGAAGGGCAAACCGCGUGGUCUACGGCCCGUCGGAAACAUUUGCCUACGUGUACCACCGAAUGAUGCCGGCCUACACGGUUCUGCACAGGGUGAUGACGGAGGUGACGAGCGAGUUGCCCGGCUUUAACCCUCGCACGAUGCUGGACUUCGGCAGCGGCCCGGGUACGUCGGCCCUGGCAGUCUGGGACGUUUGGGGUGCGGGUGGCGGUAGCUCGGUGGCUCAAGAUGGAAAAGAGACCGGAGAAGGCAGCAAUCUGUCGGAGGUGCGUCUGGUGGAGGAGUCGCAGUCCAUGAAGGACGCCUGCAAGAUCAUGUUGGAACCCCUGACGAACACUGGCCGUAUUCGGACGGGGUUCGGCACCUCACUGUUGGAGGAGGCCAGGACGGCGGGCAGAGGGGGGCCAGGCGGGGCUCCGGGUGGCAGGAAGUUCGACCUAGUGGUGGCCGCCUAUUCUCUGUCACACCUCCCCACCCACGCGUCCAGAGCUGCGGCAACAGCCGUCAUGUGGAGCCUGGUAGCUCCCGGAGGCGUGCUGGUGUUGGUGGAGGACGGCAGCGCUAAGGGGUCGCAUACAGUCCGCUCUGCGAGACACAUGGUGCUCAGACCGCCGGCGCCUUCCCCUGAACAAGGUGGGGACACGGGCAAGCAGCAAGGCAACAGACGAGGCAAAAGGAACGAGAGGCAACCUCCGCCAAGGCCUUACGUUAUUGGCCCGUGCCGGCACGACAAGGAGUGCCCGCUGCAGGCUGGGGAGUUUUGUCGCCUCCAACAGAAGGUGCCUUGGAACGCUGUGAACGUGACCAGUUCUGCAGUCAAGUCGGUCUCGUUCUCCUACGUGUCCAUUCGAAAGGGGCCACCGGAACGAGAGGCGGGUCAAGACGAGAGGGUAGGCAGCCGCACCAGUUCCUCCUCGGUGGACCUCCUCAAGGCCUUCGUGCAGCAGAAAAAGAACCUUAACGAUGGUGGGAGCCUGAGGGACGCCAUGGACUCUCUCGGCACGGAUGGGAUAUCCGACGCAAUUCUGAGGCGCGAUGAUUGGGCAAGGCUAGUCCGCAAGCCUCUCAAGGCGAAGGGCCACGCGCUGCUGGAUGUGUGUUCUCCGGAGGGGAACAUCCAAAGAAAGGUGGUGGCCAAAGGCAAGUGGAAAGGCGUUCCCGGCAUGUUCGUUGCUGCCAGAAAAAGCCAGGUGGGGGGCCUCUGGCCGUACCUCGACAACCACGACUACAAAGACCGUACGGCGAAGCUAGACGACGCCAGCAGCGGGCAACCAGGCGGCGAGUUCUACAGCUUCGACCCCAGUGAAGAUGGUGGUGACGGUGUGGAUUUCUUGGAAGGCGACAGCGACGGAGAGUGGGAAGAGGUCGGGGACGAGGAGCGAGGACCCGUGGUUGAUUGGACGGAGGGAGGGGUGGGAGGCCCAGCGGUUGGUGGUACCGGUACACGGCGACGAAGGCCGCGAACGUCGCCGGCAGCCUUGGCACCACGAGGGAGGGGGAGCAGUGAAGAAGGGAAGUCACAAGCUAUGUUCGAGGAAAAGCUUCGAUAA